AUGACUUAUGAAAGAGUCAGACAUGUCAUGCUAAAUGGAUUAAAAAAGUUUAUUGAAUGGUGUAAGCAAAUGUGGAGCGAAACUUAUAAUAUUUAUGUAUGUACACAAAAGCCGGGUCAUAUCAUGAGUGGAAUUAUCGGAAAUUUGGAAUCAGCUGUGGGUAAUGUGAAAGCUUUUCUUUUUGUUCUCAGAACGUUAAAAUCGUUAGCAACGAAAGCAGAAUUUUAA